AGUACUUCUUUCCUGGCGCCAGUUGGAAAGUAUCCAGCCUACGCCGACUAUAUAUACACACAUAGAAGAUCAGCUUCAGGCCAGAGUGAUCAAAGUUUCGCUUACAGUUAGGGUUUCAAUCGCAACGAAAGCAAAAGGCAUUUUCUUUCUUUCUCCGUGAUCGUUUUCUUUCUCAUUGAUCGUUCGUCCAUUUGGAUUGACUGUGCUUCGAAAUCAGUCCAGACGAUAAUCGAAUAGCUUCAAAGCUCAAAGCUCUCGCCCAAUCGAAUCGAUCAGGUUUGCUUCUUCUCUUCACGCGUCUCUGCAAUCGCAUUGUUCCUUCUAGAGUUUUGUUCGUUUUCGACCGUUAAUUGAUACCCAAGAGGCUAUUUUUUUCGCGGAACGCGUAUAUCUUGAGGAUAAUGGUUUUUGGUUAUGGGUUUGAUGCUCGCUCAAACUGGAUAUCUAGGGUUUCGAUUUUAGGGUUAUUUUUAUUGUUGUUUAGGAUACGCCUUGGGAUCGGCGACUGGCUAGUUUGAAAAGUUUUCGAAUUGAUUUAAAGGAUUUGAAGAAUCCGCCCUUGCUAGUUUCUCGAUUCUUAGAGGGUGAUCGUACGUCGAUUUGGAUUUCAAGGCUUAUCGGGUUUCGUAUAUUUUUAGGGUUUUCUGAAGAUCGAUCAAAUAUUGAAAUUCUGUUUGAGGAGGUGAUCUUCGAAGCCGUCUCUCUGCGAUUUCUUAUUGGUUUCAAAAUUUGUGUUUAGAGAAUGGCCACUAAGGUAGUGAGGAGGCACACCAAUAGACCAGAAAGAUCAGUGUAUGCUCGACCUGCAGGAGGACCUUCAAAAACUGUUUGCGCCUUUUGGGCUGCUGGAAGGUGCACAAGGGAAUUCUGUCGUUUCCUGCACGCGGAUGCACCGCCUUCAUCCAUGAACCCUCAAAUUUCAAAGAAGUCGACUCUUGUUUGGACGAAGGAAGCAACUGCCACCGAAAAGGGCAAUGCAUGCAAUGCUACUCAGAAAAGCAAUGCUCCUCACGAAAGCAAUGCUCCUCAGAAAAGCAAUGCUGCCCAGAAAAGCAAUCCUACUCCGAAAAGUGUCUGCAAGUUCUGGGUAGAUGGAAAUUGUGUGAAAGGUGAUCGAUGCCGGUAUUUGCAUAACUGGUUCCGUGGUGAGGGGUUCUCCAUGUUGGCAAAGCUCCAAGGGCACACGAAGUCUGUCACUGGUAUUGCCCUUCCUGAACGAACUAACAAGCUUUAUUCAACCAGUAAAGAUGGAACAGCCAGAGUUUGGGACUGCCAUAGUGGUGAAUGUGGCAGUGUGAUUGAUCUUGGUGGUGAAGCAGGUUCUUUAAUUAGUGAGGGCCCAUGGGUUUUUGCUGGUGUACCAAAUCUUGUUAAGGUUUGGAAUACUGAGACAAAUUCUGAAUUCAACCUGGAUGGACCUGUUGGCCAAGUGCAUGCUAUGGUGGUUGGUAAUGAAAUGCUUUUUGCCGGGACACAGAAUGGUGAUAUAUGUGUGUGGAAAGGUAGCACUGAAACUAAUCCGCCAUUUUAUACUGCUGCAACUCUGAAGGGCCACACUGGUGCUGUGGUAUGUUUAACUGUUGGGCGCAACAGGCUUUACUCGGGUUCUGUGGACCAUACAAUUAAGGUGUGGGACCUUUAUACUUUGCAGGGUGUUCUGACACUAAAUGGGCAUUCUGGUGCAGUGAUGUCUCUUCUUUGCUGGGAUCAGUUCUUGCUCUCAUGCUCACUGGACGACACGAUAAAGGUGUGGGCUGCCAGUGAAGGAGGCGGUUUGGAAGUGACCUACACUCACAACGAAGAGCAGGGUGUUCUUGAUCUUGCCGGAAUGACAGAUGCAGAAAGCAAGCCAAUCUUGCUUUCUUCUUGCAAUGAUAAUUCUGUCCGCAUAUAUGAACUGCCAUCAUUCACUGAAAGAGGCAGAUUAUUUGCAAAACAAGAAGUUCGGACGGUCGAGGUAGGACCUGGAGGACUAUUCUUCAGUGGGGAUGCAACUGGUCUCCUUUCUGUUUGGAAGUGGAUGGAUCCUCCCUCCGUCAAAGUGGAGUCUUCAUGAGUUACUUUACUCCAUCUAGUUCCGUGAAUAUUUUAGACAAGAACAUUUCCUUCAGUUUGCAUGAGCCAUUGCUAUGGUGGCCGUGAAGGCAUCAAUGAACAAUUGUAGCAAUCCUGUAUCAAAAUUUUUGACAGCCAGUCAGUUAUUCAGAUUAGUUUUGUUCAUUUAUGUAGGGAUCAAUUAUUAAUACAUGAUCUCUCGGAUGCUUGUUCGUACUCUGUAAUGUACAGUGAAAUUUUUCAUUCAGAAAAAUGAUUCAUUAUUGAGAAUUUAAAUUCAUGAUAAAUGCAAAAUUCUUUGGA